UUGAACCGUAGUUGUCAAAACAUUGUUCUAUUUGUCACUGCUUCGAUAACAAAAAUAGUUAAGUGUUUAUGCUCGCGUUAGUGCCAGCGGAAAAGAAACGAUUAUUUACAGCAGUUGUAAUGUCUUCCCUUCAAAAAUCUAUUUUGAAAGCAAAGCUGCCGCCAACGGGACUCAGUUUUGGAAUGCCUUCUAGAAGUAAACCCAAGCUCGGUUCUAGUAGGUCGGGCAAGCCAAAAACUCAUCAGCGCAAAAGAGAUUAUAAUCCUACCACAUGGGCUCCAUAUUUUGAUCAUUCCAUAGAAGUAGAAGUAGAUGAAAGUGUAUUUCGCAUAUAUACCAGGGGAACGGAAGGACCUAUAUUGUUUCUGUUACACGGAGGAGGUUACAGUGCUUUAACAUGGGCUGAAUUUAGUACUUGUAUAACAUCCAUGGUUAUAUGUAGAGUCAUAGCCAUAGAUUUACGCGGCCAUGGAGAUACUUAUACUGCAAAUGAAGAUGAUUUAUCUGCAGACACGUUAGCGUUGGAUGUUGCAGCUGUGAUAGAUAGGAUAACGCAUAACCGCCCAGUUGUAUUAGUAGGUCACAGCAUGGGAGGAGCAGUUGCUGUGAGGGCAGCUCAACUAGUGAAUAAUCUAAGUGGAUUAAUUGUUAUAGAUGUAGUAGAAGGAACGGCAAUGGAUGCUUUAACUUCGAUGCAAAGUUUCUUAAGAUCUAGACCCACCAGUUUUGGUACAAUUUCACAAGCAAUAGAGUGGUGUGUACGAAGUGGGCAAAUACGCAACACCCAGUCAGCUAAAGUUUCAGUACCUGGACAAAUAAAGAACAUCAAAAGUGGUAAAUUAGCUACACACGACAUCGAGACCAUGUCACCUGACUCAAGUAACGAAGAGAGCACAGACACGGUAGUUCAACGAGCGGAUGUCAUUCAAGAAGAAGACUCUACCAUGCCGCCACCAAGUAGUACUGCCCCAGAAACUAAGAAAUAUGUGUGGAGAAUAGAUUUGUCAAAAACGGAACAACAUUGGUCAGGAUGGUUUAAAGGACUUUCAGCUGCAUUUUUAGCUGUACCAGCACCCAAAAUGCUUCUUCUUGCCGGUAUUGACAGAUUAGACAGAGAACUGACAGUUGGACAAAUGCAAGGAAAAUUUCAAAUGCAAGUGUUGCCAGCCUGUGGACACGCAGUCCACGAAGAUGUCCCUGAUAAAGUGGCAGAAGCUGUGGCAACAUUUAUGGUCAGGCACAAAAUUGCUGAACCUGCAUCUGAUUUUCCACGGUAUCAGAACACAUGCACUGAAUAAACUAUUUUUUAACUGAAUGUAUCAGUAUGACCUAUAUUCACGUAAAUUUUUUAAGAAAAGCAAAACAAAAUAUUUUUGUUUUUCAGAACUUUUCCUGCUUGUUAAAUAAAACGGUGUUGAGUAAUUUGCAUGACAUCGAUGAGGUAUUACGAAAAGUAUUUCAAAAUUAAGUAAAUUAGGAUUGUCUCUUUUAUUUAUUUCAAAGGAUAUCGCUAUAGACUGUAUGAUGCACUUGUAAAUAAAUAAAAAAUAAACAAUAACAAUAAAUUUCAGUCCGAUUUUUAA